UUUCCCACAAUCCAUUACUCCCGGAAGUACCAGGCGGGUGAGGAAUCCACCCAUUAAUGCCAGGAGAUCAUGGAUCGCUGCUGAAUUUUAAGCAAAUACGAUUAAAACAAAGGCUUGGCAUUGCCUGCCUAUUAAAUAAAAGAAGAUGGGAGGUUGGAGUGCAUUUGUGUCCUGUGUGUGGAUGAUUCUUCUGCUGGCUCUGCUUGGAGAUUCUCUGGCAUCUGCACCUGAGUUUGAUCCAUAUAAGGUUCUUGGAGUAUCCAGACAUGCAAGUCAGGCUGAAAUCAAAAAGGUUUACAAGAGGCUUGCAAGGGAAUGGCAUCCAGACAAGAACAAAAAUCCAGGAGCGGAGGAUAUGUUUAUCAAGAUCACCAAAUCUUACGAAAUCCUGUCUAAUGAGGAGAGAAGGGCAAACUACGACCGCUUCGGUCAAAUGGAUGACAAUCAAAACUUCGCCCAAGCACCGCAGGGCUUCAGGCACUUUCACAACAGUUUCUACUUCGAUGAAUCGUUCUUUAACUUUCCUCGGACGAGUCGAGAUUUUACAGACAGCAAGCACCUCCUUCGCUACAACCAAUACAUGAAUGAAGUUGUGCCAGAUAGUUUCAAGAGACCUUACCUGAUCAAGAUCACCUCAGAAUGGUGCUUCACCUGCAUUCACAUCGAGCCUAUUUGGAAGGACACUGUGCAAGAUCUAGAGCCACUAGGGGUUGGUAUUGGUGUAGUAGACAUUGGAUAUGAGAGACAGCUGGCCAAUCAUCUUGGAGCCCACCGCACGCCUUCAAUUCUAGGUGUAAUAAAUGGCAAAGUCACUUUCUUCCAAUACGCUGUGGCCAGGGAAUACUUGAAACAGUUUGUGGAAAGCCUACUACCCCAGAAGCUGGUAGAGAAGUUGACUGAUAGCAACUACGUGGAGUUUUUAAAUGCCUGGCAUGAAGAGAAUAAACCAAGUGUGUUGAUGUUUGAUGUAGCUUCUACUGUUCCCUUUUUAUACAAGCUCACCGCCUUUGCAUAUAAAGACUAUGUGAGGUUCGGCUAUGUAGAUAUGGGCCUGACUGAGACCUCCCAGGUGAUACAGAGGUUUAACAUUAACACGUAUGCACCCACCAUGCUCCUCUUCAAAGAGAACACAGAGAAACCUGCAGACGUCAUUCAGGCUCGAGGAAUGAAGAAACAGAUCAUUGAUGAGUUUGUGUCCAACAAUCGGUUCCUGCUCGUGCCGCGAUUGGUUAAUCAGAAACUCUUUGAUGAGCUGUGUCCAGUUAAACAGUUCCACCGGCGCAGGAAAUACUGUGUUCUUCUCAUCACUGGAGAAGGAGAGCAGUUCGUAUCGGUGAACGAGGCUUUCUUCAACUUCGCUUCUUCUAACACUAAAGACGUUUUGAGGUUUGCUUAUGUUUAUCAAAAACAACAGCAGCCUCUGUGUGACGCACUGCUCAAAAGAGACGACACAACACCUCCACAGGUUAUUAUCUUGGAGAGGCGGAGCUCUACAGGGAGGGCGAUGUAUCGGACCGUGACCGGCGGAUGGAACGGAAGUGAUGACGAUAAGCUCCGCCUCCACGAGCAGCUUGAUAUUCUGCAGAGAGAUCCUUCCUACCUUACCCAUGAUGCAAUGCUUCCUGAACUGAAUAAUGAGUUUGCUUCUAUGUUUCUAAUUCGGUGGAUGAACACAGCAUAUGAUUUUCUCGCCCAGUUUUAUUAUGAUCUUCUCUAUUCAAACUGGCGUGAAAUGAUGCCUGUGUUAUCUCUGAUCUUCUCGGCUCUUUUCAUCUUAUUUGGGACUGUCAUCAUUCAGGCCUUCAGUGACUCUGGCGAAGACAAACCAGCCAAACAAAAGCCCACUGAAUCACCAAAGACAGCAAAGGACUCUCCAGGAACAGAAAGCGCUUCCAGUCGUCCACCCAAGAAGAACUUUGUUGAAGUGACCGAGUUAACAGAUGUUACAUACAUAAGUAACCUGGUCAGGUUAAAGCCUGGUCACAUCAACGUGGUGUUGAUCCUCACCGAUUCUUCGAAACAAGUGCUACUUAGGAAGUUCGCCAAAGAGGUCUACUCGUUCUCAGGGUCUCAAACGCUCCACUACUCUUUCCUAAACUUGGACAAACACAGCCAGUGGAUGGAUUUGCUCAUGGAGUCGUCUCCUGACGCCCGUCCACCAGACUGCUCGGAUGAAGAAGAAGACGCCGUCCCCUACAAACAAGACUACACCGGCCACGUGCUUGCUCUCAACGGCCACAAGAAAUACUUCUGCAUGUUUAGACCCGUGUUCACAGGGGAAGAAGCCGAACACAGCAGGUCAUCCGACGAAGACGGGCAGAGCAAAGGCUCUCGGUCGCGGUCAAGUUCCCGGCAGAAGACCAAGACUCUGGAGAUCCACCACAAACUGGACAGACUGGGUUUGUGGAUGGAGAGGCUUAUGGAGGGAACUCUUCCUAGGCAUUAUGUUCCAGCCUGGCCUUGUCUGGACAACAUCACGCCAUAGAAAUAUAGUCGGAGCACUAUGGCCAUCCAGGCGAAGAUGACGUGAAAGACUUGCUGUGUUACUUUUAACAAAACUAAGUUAUUCUGUUAAAAGCACUGUAGAGUUUUGUUUUAUUUGGAGCACCAUGUGCUUAUCGGCUGCUUUAGAGACAAAACCAGUUUGUGUUAGUUUAGCUGUUUCUUGACUGUAUGGAUGCUUUUCUGAAUACCCGAUAAAGCCAUUCUGUGUAGCUAUGGAAGCAGAUCAUAUUCAGGUUUUUAUUUUUUAUGCCUUUUCCACUCGAAGUCACAGAUAAAGUGGGUGAAUGGUUUAGUCGACCAGCUGACCAGCUCUAUUUCCCCCUUUCUUCGUAUGCAAAAUCUCAAACUAAACCGUGCAUGAACAGGUUACUAAUAACUUUUGAAAACUUGAUAUUUCUAAAUACAUCUUACUGCCACGUGCAUGUGCAGCCUUUGUUUUUAACCAUUUGUUUAAUGUUUUUUUGCACUUUUGACUGCUGCUUUUUCUAUUUAACAUAAGAGUCUUUUAUUCACAACCUAUACGGUAGUGAUCUUCAUAACGUUUAUUGAUAUAUAAUAAAGGUACUAACCGCAUCUGAAAUAUCAUUACCAAUGAAUCGUGUUAAGAAUGUUGUCUCUAGGUGUAAUUUUCUUUUGAGAAAAUGACUAUUUAUUUAUGUUGCACUGUUUGUGGUUGAUUUAUAUAUUAUGUGCAUUAAUGAAUAAUAAUAAAGUUUGUACUGUAGCAACA